CAUAUGGAAAAAUUGAAAGAAUCAUCGACAAAUAACUUUUAUGAUUUCCCUGAAAAUUUGCUUAACACCACCUUGAAAGAUGAGAAAGAUUUGCGCUUAUAUUCAAAAGAUAUUGAAAAGGAAUUAAAUUUGUUAGAAAAUGAUUCUUUACAGCAAUAUAUUAAACAUGGUUCAUCUUUCUUACAAUCAUACAAAGAAAUAUCAGAAUGUGAUGAGACAUUAGCAAGCAUUCAAAGUAUGCUUGAAAAUUUUCAAAAUAAUCUAGAAAAAAUAUGUUCUGAAAUACAGGAUUUACAAUCUCAAUCUCAACAUAUGAAAAUUAAAUUAAAAAAUAGACAGGAUGCUAAAUGUGAACUUAGUCAAUUAGUUGAUGAAAUUAUAAUAUCUGAGGAUGUAAUCAACACUAUAAUGGAUAUUGAUGUAAGUGAGCCUGUGUUUCAAGAAAGCCUACAUGAAUUACAUCAUAAGCUCAAUUUCUUGCAGAAACAAUGUUACGAAGAAGGAGAAGAUACCAAGGCAUUUCAAGACAUUAAGCAAAUAUUGGAGAAAUUAAAAAUAAGAGCCAUUUCAAAGAUCAAAGACUUUUUGUUGAAAAAAAUAUAUUCCUUUCGUAAACCUAUGACUAAUUAUCAAGUUCCUCAGAGUUAUUUACUCAAAUACAGAUUUUUUUACGAGUUUUUGAUGCACAAUGAUCGCCACACCGCCAUUCAGAUCAAGGAGGAAUACGUGGAUACUCUCAACAAAAUUUUAUACGCUUAUUUUAAAGAUUAUUAUGUUAAAUUGAUCAAAUUACAAUAUGAAGAAGUUCCUACCAAGGAUGAUUUGAUUGGGGAAAUCGAAACUAAUAAGAAAAGUAUAUUUAAUAAGUCAUUAUCCAUGAAAGAUAGCAAAUCUAAUAACGCCCUAUUUACCUUGGGGAAAAGGGCAGAAAUUUUGGGCUCCCAAGAAAUUUUACAACCUAUAAUCGUGCCACAUAUUGCUUCACAACAAAAUAAAAAGUACGGUUUUGAGCACAUAUUUAGGAGCAUAAAUUAUGCCGUUUUGGAGAACGGAUGCAGGGAAGCUAUUUUCCUGUCCGAUUUUUUCUUGGUGUCCUCCAAACAUUCUCUCCUUCUUUUCAACGCUAUAUGGGGAAAAGUUUUGAAUUAUCUGCUGAAAAGUUUAGACACCUAUACAGCCACAUGCUACGAUUCCAUAGGUCUGCUGCUAUGUAUACAUUUAGUAUAUAGAUUCUACGAUAUCGAACAUAAGCGCGAUAUGAGUUUUCUUGCGCCCUAUUGGUACUCGGUCCUUGAAGCCCUUAAUUCUCGAUUUAUCAAAGUAUUUGAGAUGAAUAUAAAUAGUAUGAAGGAAAUCGAUGUAUCUAAAUUGCAAGGCUUUGAUUUGAGACCGCAUUAUAUAACACGGCGAUUCGCCGAAUUCGCUUCAUCGAUUUUAUCGGUCAAUCAGUCCUUUUCACUCUCUCCAUUAGAUGAGGAUGGGCCAAGCUUAACUAGUUCCGGUCCCGAUAAUAAUCACAUUACACGUCAGCUUACCAAUGAGCUAAGGGAUUUGCUUCUCAAAAUGGCUUCCUCAUUUUACUCUCGCAAAGAGCGUCUUGUAUUUUUAUUGAAUAAUUAUGAUCUGGCGUACACCAUCAUAUGGGAAAACUUGAAACGUGAAAGUUGUUGCGAGACUCUGAAAAGCUCCCUCGCUUCAUGGAUGGAUGAAUUUGCCGAAGAAAUCCUAUCUCCUUACUUUGGUGGAAUGAUAUCUUUGGUUCGGGAGAUUGAGUCAUCUGCUGAUGAUCCUCAAGUCGUUUGGGAACGACUGAAGGCUAAAACAAAUUUGAUAAGAGCCAUCAUCAAAUUUUUUAACGAGGAUCGUUCGAAAGCUAUCGAAGCCAUGAAUAGCGAAAUCAUGCAAUCUUUUACCAAUUUUAAAAAUGGAACCAACGUUUUACAGGUUGUAUUAUCCAAAUUGAUACAAUAUUACCAUCGGUUUUGUAAAAUUUUAAACCAUCCAGUGCUAAAGAAUGUCGAGGGAAGGAGCGAAUUGAUCAACACACAUAAUUUGAUGGUUGAAAUGAAGAAAUAUAAAACUAAUUUUUGAUAACAAAGGAAUGAUAUGUGAUGGAUUUAAUUUUGUUGAUAUAAAUAAUAUUAUAGUAUAAUUAUGAAGAUCUAAUUAAUAAUUAAUAUCAAUUGUUUUAUCUUAAUAUACUUUUUUUAUUGGGAUAUAAAACAAGACAUUUAAAACGCUAAAUCGAGAAAACAUUAAUAAAUAAAAAAGAAGUGUUAUUAGGAUCUCUCUCAUUGUUAAUAACGAUAUUAUCUCUACCCCGUCUCCCUAUCUAAGCAGAAAUAUGAAAAUCAAAAUAAGAAAAAAAAGAAAUUCAAAUCAAAAUUCCCCUUGCCCCACCCAUUUUAUUCAAAUAAUUAUAGUGUUUACACAACUCCCUACACCCUGAUUAACCAAUGUCAUUACUUGUUUUUAUGUUUCAGUUAAACGCAUCGAACUUUUCAAAAAAAUUUCUUUCUUUCGUUCUUACAUACAAUUUAAAAAAAAAAAAUUAAAUUCAGGAGAUAAGGAAAUAUUUUGUAUUAAUUUUCAUAUCAUACUUUUAUAAUAAGUAUCAUGAUCCUAUAAUUUAUUACUGAAUAUUUAAAUGGGAUGGAAAGAACUAUUAUGUAGGUUUCCCCACACAUUUUAUUGGAAGUCUUUAGGUACAAUUAUAGGCUUGCUAUGUUAUACUUUUAUAAAAAUAAUUUUGGGUUUUCAUUUAUUUUUUAUAAAUAUUCAUAUUUUUGAUUAUUUUAAAAAAAUUAUUUUUUUUUUCAAAUUAUUGUUUAUAUCGAUAUAUUGUAUACAUUUUUUGGAGAGAAUGGGGAGACCUAUGCACCGCCGGCUCACGCCGGUGGCGCUGGCAAUUUUAUUGCAAUUUUAACACCGGGCCACCGAUUGAGAUGAGCGGCGCUGCCAGGCUCACCAUCGAUUUUUUUAUGGCGACGGCGUGCGUGCAUAAUUUUUAGAAUUGCUAUUUAAUUAUUUAUAUAUUCAAUUUGAAUAUUAACAUAAAUAUAAUUAAAAUUUGAAUUUUAUUCUAUUGGCAUAUAAUAAAGUAAUGUAUAUCAUUUUCAUACAUCAUAUCUCAAAA